GAAGAUGGAACAAGAAGUGAGAGGACGACGAUGAUGUUGAGUUUGCUCGAAGAAGAAGAUCAAAUCAACGGUGGAGAUCGAACGAUGAGUAAAUGGACUACGUUGAAGCAACGGCUGAGAUUUGAUUGGGUUGGUUGUUGUGGUAAGCCUCUUACUCUGCGUCUCAGACAAUCGGACACACCAAUCGUCGUCGAUGACGAUGAUGAAGAAGACGAAGAAGAAGAGAGUCAAAACCGGGUCGUUGACUUUUCGGAUCCGGGUUCGGGUACGGGGACGGAGUUGGAUUGUUUGACACGUGGCGUGACGAGGAACCUUGCGGAAGCUUUAGCGGAGGAGAGAUUAGCGCACGUGACUGCGGAGGAGGCUUCAGUUGCUAAAGUACCGUUGAUGAGGUUGCUUGCGGAAUCGGACGGUUGUGAUUCGACGACGUGUUUGGGUAGUGAUCCACUGUGUUGCGUGUGUAUGGGAAGAGAGAAAGGUGCGGCUUUUAUUCCCUGUGGACAUACGUAUUGUAGAGUAUGUUCAAGAGAGAUUUGGAUGAAUCGUGGGACGUGUCCUCUUUGUAACCGUUCGAUCUUUGACGUUCUUGAUCUUUACUGAGGAAAUUCAUCGUAUCGACGGUGAUGAUAUGGUCAAUUUCUUUGUGCAUAUUUAUAUUGUUAGUUACAUGAUUAAUUGUUGUGUUAAAAAUAAAUAAAUGGUGACUAA